GUGUGUGUGUGUGUGUGUGUGUGUGUGUGUGUGUGUGUGUGUGUGUGUGACUGGAGUGAGGAGUAGGAUAAAAUUUACAGAGGAAGCUAAAAGACAUUUUGCAUUGGGAGUAAAUAAUCUGUGUGUGCUUCUUAUAGUGUUCAAAUUGUAGUUUUUGGUGUUCAUCUGAAAUGACAAUCAGGAGGAACAGUUGAAGAUUUUUGAAAUCUUAAGUGAUAAAUAAUGAAGAAUUCACUCCAAAGAAAAAGAACCUCCAGCUCAACUAUAACUGAAGCCAACAUACUUUCACAUGCUGCUCAAAUCAAUCCCAGGCCAGUGUGUUUGUCUCAGAUGAGCAGUGUUUUCUCCAGUGUGCCACCACUUUUUGGAACAGCACAAGCUUUCCUGUUGAGACUAGCCCAACUUGAAGCUCAGCUAGUUUUGAACCUGAUUAGUAAUGUUGCAUCUGGAAAUAAUAGAGGUUAUGGGAACCCUUUUGUUCCUUUAAAUCCCUUACAGCCUGUUGGCAUUCAAAGAUCCUCAUUUUUGAGCAUGUACCAGUGCCCAGGGGGGGUUAAAAUCAUGGAUUCCACACCUCACAUGGUUAGUCAUCCUGCAACAACAGUGGCAGAAAUUAAUUCAGUCUUUGCCAAUAAAGAGAGUGGUGCACUUGUGGCAAAAGAGAUUAUUCAGGAAAAAACACUAGGUCCCAUCAUGAAUAAUACAACAUCUGAGGAAGCUCUUUUUACAUCCAGUCCCAACCCUCUAGGCAAACAUUUUGCCUUAAAACCACAUGUGGACUGUUCCCAAUACCAGUCGGUGACAGCCAAAGCAAUGAUACCCCCUGAUAGACCACAGAUUGAAGAAGCAGAGCCAAAGCAACAAACAAUGCUGCAGUAUCCAACAGAAAGUCUGAUCAAAGCUUUAACCAGCCUUGGCCUUUCUCUUGAGGAUCUAGAAUUACUCAGUCACUGCCCAGACAACCAGUUAACAACAGAGAAUCUCCCCUUCAUUAUACAAGACAUUCAACAGCGCAAAGGAACAAAUUACAUAAAAUAUGGCCAUGCUAGACAGAUCUCAUCUGAUCCAGUGGAAUCAUCCAGAGAGUCAUCAUAUACUCACGGGGAACAGAGGAAUCUGAGGAUUAUAAAUGGUGAAUGGCAAGAAUCCCAUUCCCAGAGAUCUCUCAGCCCUGAAAGAUGUCGCCCAUCUAAAGUCAUUAAUAAACACUUCUCGACCCAAUCUAGAACACUAAGAACAAGCCAUUCAUCAGGAAGAGGAUCAAAUUCCUUCCUAAAGAGGCUGCAACAUGGGCCUGCUGAGGACACCGGCUGGAGGCCUGGUUCAGUCUAUUUCCCCCCUCGAUCAAAACACAGCAGAAGGCACAGCUUUGUCUCUCUAGACUGUAAUAAAGCAAUACAUUAUACUACACAAAGACCCUUGUCCUCUCCACACAGAUCCAACACUUACAACACCAUAACAAAAGGUCAUCAGCAGUCUUCAUUUCCAGUCAAAUCUGCAAAAUCAGAAGUAACCACUGAAUCCAUCAACAUUCAGAUGCCAGUAACUAAGACAACUGCAAAAACAUCAGCACAAACUAAGGGUGUGAUUCGUGUGUCUGGAAUCCCUCUUCAUUACUCUCAGAGUGAACUCAUCAAAAUGGCAUCGCCGUUUGGUCAAUCUGUUGAGGUUUUAAUGGCAACUGAGGUUUACACAACAACCUGUCUAGAAUGGAAGAAGGCUUUACUGAUGUUUCCAACUGAAUUCUCGGCCGAGGAGAUGGUGAAAGUUUACUCUGCUAUCCCAGUUCACAUGAGACAGCAAAGUUUGGAACUGGUGUCCCAAACUGUUGACUUUAGUUCACCUGUGAGUUGACACACUAAUGGAUAAAUGGAAACAGUUUCAUAAUUAAUAUUUUCUUGCGUAAUUACUUUUUUGUUUU